GUGGAUAUUAAAUUAGAAGUGGAUAUAUUAUAUGAUGAAGCUGUUUGGUUUUUCAGUGACGGCUAGUACUACGACUACCGAUGGAGCCAGCAAAUUGGGUGCCCCAUGUCCCAACCACGACAAGAGAUUUGAGUGCCAAUUCUGCGGCCGUGAGUUCGCCAAUUCUCAAGCCCUUGGCGGCCACCAGAACGCACACAAGCGCGAGCGGCAGCUCGCCAAGCAAUUACUCCCUCUCCAUCCUACUAAACACUCUCGUAACUUUUUUACUUCCACGCCGCCUUCUACUAUCGGAAUCUGGUCGGCGGGUAGAGCUCCACCUCCGAAAGAUGGGAUCCAGGUACAAGCGAGGCCGGCGGUGGUUGGCGGCGGGGAUGUUAGCAGGGAAAGUAAUGGCGUUGAUCUCCACCUCAGUCUCGCACCUUCCUCGGCCAGGAUUGUGUUGAACUGUUGAAUGGAAAAGUGGGAGGAAAGUGUUUGGUUUGAUAUUAUUGUGAAUGGAAAUUGUGAUACGAGGAAUACCAAUUUUCUCACCACUUACCAAUCAAUUCCGUAAUCAUUUGUAUUUAAGUUUUCUUGCUUUUGAUUUUAGGCUAAAUUAUAAAAAAGGCUCGUGAAUUAUGUCAUUUGGGUAUAAAAUAAUUUUAACUUUCAAAAGUUCAGUGUUUCAAAUAUAUCCUUAAAUUUAAGAAAAAAAUUCAAAACUGCA